ACAAUCUUGUCCUUUCUCUUCCAGCAUGGCCGCAACAAAAGAAAAGCUCGCGCGUGAUAUCUUUGGUGGUUCUGACUCGGAGCUUUCUUCCGAUGAAGAGGAAGAGGUAGUCCAUAAACAGUUGCAAGGAAAACAUCGCAGGGAUGAUUAUGAAUCCUCUGGUCCCGACUCUGAAGAUGACUAUGGCCAUCAGGAAAAGCCCAAGAAACGGAAGAUCAUCAAGAAAAAGAAAUCCAGCGACGGUCAGGAAGAGGUUGGCUCAAAGAGGAAGCGGGGAACGAAGAAGAAGGAACCUACAUACACGGAGGAAGACUUGAAUGACCUCCCGCCAGAGCAAGCAAGCAAGAUCAGACUCGACAUGCAAUUUGAUGCUAUACUCAAGCCGAAAAAAUCAUCCCGCCCCAAAAAGCGAAAGAACAAUGACGAGGUUCUCGAUAGUUUUGCUGAUGACGAAGUAGCCCGGUUGCGAGAAUCAAUGAAUAAUGCCGCUGACGAAGAUAUACGCUCCAAUCAUGACAAAAUACCGGCUACGGCGAAGCUACGGCUGCUUCCUGAGGCCAUGGACACUCUGCGAAAAGCUUCCCUUGCCCAGUCUAUGAUCGACAACAAUCUUCUAGAAGGUGUAAAACGCUGGCUAGAACCUCUCCCAGACCGCUCUCUUCCCGCGCUAAACAUUCAACGCGAGUUCUUCUCCAUCCUCAAGAAAAUGGAAUUUAUCGAUUCGGCCGUGCUCAAAGAGUCUGGACUUGGCAGAAUCGUCGUGUUCUACACGAAAUGCAAGCGUGUAACUCCAGAUAUAGCGCGCAUCGCUAGCGAACUCGUCUCAACGUGGUCGCGGCCAAUCAUUAAGAGAUCUGCGUCUUACAGGGACAGAGUCGUUCCUGUUGCCCGAGAUGACGGAGACGCGAACGGGGCCAGGUUUGGCGGAGAGAAACUGGGUGCUAUCUUGGCCCGCGCUAAAGAGUCAGAGAAAGGCCGAAUACGCAAAAAUGCUGUCAUGGUACCUCAGAGUGAAUUGGGCAAUUAUACCGUGGCACCCAGGGCCAACGCCGCCCUCAUGCGGGCAAAUACCAGCGUGGAUGUGGAUGUGGAGAGAAGGCGGAAGAACGCGGAGCGUUUGAGGGCCUUGACCAGGAAGGUUGCUAUGAGAGGCUGACCGUACGGUGCACUAUCUCUUUUUUCGUGAAUAUCUGUAAUUCCCAGUCCAUUUUCUGUAUAUGUCCCAUCGGUUUGAAUUUUCUUCGUCACUAUGUCGCUAUCCCGUGCGCAAUCCAUAUAUGUCUUGAAAGGGUC